GCAAUCAUGGUGAGAGGUGGAACCCAGGUGGGGCCGCCAGGUGUCCAGUGGCAGGUCGGUGGCAGCUGUGCCAGGGGAGGCUUAGCCUUCCUUGACCUAUUAAACCUGCUGCAUAUGCCUGGCCUGGAGUUGCUGUAGGGGUUGGGGAUGCUGCAGUGGAGGGUCAGAUUACAGCAAUCUCCCCAGGACUGUUGAACGCCCUUGGCCAGUGACUCCCAGGAGGGCAGCAUGCUUCCAACUCCAAUUGACUCCAGCUUGGGGUCUCUCUGAUCUGCUGAAUGUGGCUUUGUCUUCACUUUGCACCUUUUAGCAACACAACUGUGCUGCUGUUUGUCAGCAAGAGAGCACUCUCCUGCCUACAGAAAACUUCCACCCCCAACAAAUGGCGUUAGGGUUGUUGGCAGGGGAGCUCUUAUGCCGACAUAGCGCUGUUUACACCGGCACUUUUCAUCAGUUCAACUUUUGUCAUUUAGGUGUGGUGGUGUUUUUUUAACACCCCUGAAUGACAAAAGUUUUUUCAACAAAGUUCCAGUGUAGACAAAGCCAUAGUGAUCUAAGGAGGAGCUUUACUUCUGUUCUGGAUAGGUGCCCAACCCAGCUGAAGCAGUUAGCUGGUGGAGGUGCUUUCUUCCCUGUUAGACCCAGCUGCCCCAGGGCACCAACAUGGCCUGUUGCAUGAAUAGCUGUUCCCCUGCAGUGGUGCUGUGUCAUCGCCAUGUAGGAUCCUUAUUUAACUAGAGCCUCAUCGUGUGGAGUCUGAAAUGGAUUUCACACUGAGCUACAUUAUGGUUAAUACAAAAGAGAUCGUUGUCAGUAUAUAUUUAAGGUACUCAGUUACCAGACUGUCUCUGAUACACAAGUGUUGCCAACUCUUAUGAUUUUAUAGCAUGGCUUCAGGUCUGUGAUGUUUUCGUUAAAGCCUCGGCUGCUAGAAUCCUAAUACAAGAGAUUCUUAGAUUUCAUUCAAUAGAGAAAAGUUUGGGGGUGUGAAGCCAGUACAUCCUGUGGCAUUAUGCCCUGUGUUCAUCAUCGUAAGAUUAUCGUGAUAAGAUUAUGGCAUAAAUGUGUAUUUUAUGCAAGAUAGGUCAUGUAAGAUAUUGAAAAGGUUAUGAUUCACUGAAUAUGAUUAUCCAAUUCAUGCAUGUAUCAUUUUGGUAUCUGAUUUAGGCAUAUUGUCUAUACAUCGAUUACAAAUGUGUGUACACGGGGAAUGCCCAGUAGGUAGAAUGCACUCAGUCCAGAUGCCUUGCUGGGAAGGGCCAUUAGAGAGAACAAUAGGUCUUAGAAGAUGCUAAUCUCCCAACAGGGAACCUUCCUGAGGAUGCUCCAAGCAGCCUCUCCGUCAUGGCUGCUAUAGCCCUAUCGGCAGGGCUGUCCUUACCCAUAUGCAAGGUACACAGCUGUGUAGGACACCAGCAAAUUUCCUGGUGCCCUGCGCAGUUGCAUGCUACUCCAACCUCUGCCCUGCCUCUUCCCCAGGGCCCCAGCCCCACCUCUUCCUGCUUCCUCUCCCACCUCUUCCCGCCCCUGGGAAGUGCAGCAACCCGGUCCCAGCUGUGCCGCUGGUGAGUGCUGGGGGGUUAUUCCCGCCUGCUCCCCAAGCCAGCCCGGCCCCCACACAUGGAGGCCUGGGGCCCAACAAUCCCCUCAGUGGGGGAGCUGCAUAUGGCCCCAGAAUAGCUAUGGAUGGCCCUGCCUAUCAGAACAGGUGAUCAAGUCACCUGGUACUGGACUCCAUCUUGGAAUACUAAUGUUUUUCCAUUGAAAGGGGUGGGAACUAAAACUAGGGACAAAGGAUUCCUGCCGUAUUCAAAAGCUAUUUAAGGCAGGAGAGUGACCAUCAUCAUGGAUCUUCAGUGACUUCCUGCCCAAGAAGAUUGCUGGAAAUGGCUGAGAAGCGAGGACUGAGCAGGGGGAGAAGGGCAGAACCCAGGCUAAUCAUCUGUCAGGACAUCAGCGAUGAAGGGGUUGCAGGAUCCAGAUGACAGAAGCCAGAGUUGAACACCGACCGUGGACGACAGAUGAAACAGACAGGGGCAGCGAUGGACGGCUGCUGCUCUCUUGACAUUGGGUGUCAGGGACGGACGUCGAUGCUGGACGCAGAAACGGUUUCACCUUCACCCUCUCACUGCAGUAGAGAGGGGCGUAUGAAAUGCUGAUUAAAAAUCAUUCAGAAUUAAAGUCUGUAAGAUCUGAGGAACAUCAAGGAACUGGGGAAAAGCUUUAAUGCCCUGAAACAAAACUGGAAAUAUGUAAUGAAAAACAAACAAACCAAAGGCCUUCUGGUUUGACUGAGGAGGGAGAAGCUGGGAACUCCGCACAGACUGACUCUGCUGAGAAGUUUCUGCCAGUUUAAACAGAGAGAGAGUUAAGUUAUACUGGAUUUCUAGGACCCAGGCCCAUGAUGGAGGAGGAUUCCCCCUCCCCCAAAUCCUGCUCUUCAGCUGCAUAGUCUGAUGGCUGGAGAGUCACAUGUUAUAAGGAAAAUGAAGGUUUCCUCCUUCCAUCAUGGCCCUGUAAUGAGUUCCUCUCUGCCUGGCUACAUCAUGUUCUUCAUUAUUCUGUCCAUUCACAAAGGGGACUCAGCUCAAUUUAAAGUGAUUGGACCUGACCACCCUGUCAUGGCCACUGCUGGUGAGGACAUUGUGUUACCCUGUCACCUCAGUCCCAGGGUAAGCGCUGAGAACAUGGAGGUGAGAUGGUACCGGUCCCAGUUCUAUUCACUUGUGCACCUUUAUCGUGACGGGGACAAUCAGAACGAAAGGCAGAUGCCAGAAUACCAGGGAAGGACAGAAUUUCUGAGAGAUGACAUUGCCAAUGGAAGCGUUGCCUUGAGAAUACGCCAUGUCAGGCCAUCUGAUGAAGGACAGUACAAGUGCUUUUUUCGAUCAAGUGUUUUUCAUGAAGAAUCCCUGUUGGAACUGAAAGUAGCAGGUCUGGGCUCUGCUCCUCUCAUCUCUGUUGAGGGUUAUCAGGAUGGUGGGAUUCGAAUGGUGUGUCGAUCAGCUGGGUGGUACCCAGAGCCUGAGGUGCUGUGGAGAGAUCCCAGUGGACAGCCUUUAACAUCACUGUCAGAAACAAAACCCCACGGGGCUAAUGGCCUGUUUGAGACGCAGAGUUCUAUCAUUAUGUCAGAGACUUCUAACCAGAGCCUGUCCUGUCAUAUCAGGAACACCCUCCUCAACCAAGAAAAGGAGUCGACAGUUUAUAUAGCAGGUCCUUUUUUCCCAAGGGUGUCUCCCUGGAUGGUGGCUCUGUGCGUCCUCCUGGUUAUUGCCUUUGUUUUGAUAGGCGUUGCUGCUUUUCUCUUCAAGUUAAGAGGAAACCUUCAUGCAAAAAUCAGGAAGAUCCAGGCUGAAAAACGAAAACUUCUUGAAAAUAUCAGUGAACUCCAAGAAGAAAUUAGGAGAUUGCAGGCAGAAAUUGGGAAACACCUUGACAAUAUCAGUGAACUCCAUGAAGAAAUUAGGGCACAUCUUGAAAAUAUUAGUGAACUGAAUGAAAAAAUUAGUCGACUUCAAAGAGAACUUGAAUGGAGAAAAGCCCUAGUUUGUCCAACGAAUGUGACCUUGGAUCCAAACACAGCAAAUGCCCAGCUCAUUGUGUCUGAGGAUCGGAAAAGCGUGAGGCGUGGAAUUGCACGGCAGGAGGUGCCAGACAAUCCAGAGCGAUUCCAUUCUUUCUGUUUGCUGGGCUGUGAAAAGUUCACCUCAGGGAGACAUUACUGGGAGGUGGAGGUGGGAGAUGGAGGAUUUUGGGCUGUGGGUGUUGCCAGAGAGUCUAUGAGGAGGAAGGGAGGGAUCAGAUUUAACCCUGAGCAGGGGAUCUGGGCUGUAGAGCGGUGUGGGGAUCAGUACCGGGCUCUCACCUCUCCGGAAACUCCCAUGCCCCUGAGUGAGAGACCUAAGAAGAUUGGGGUUUAUCUGGACUAUGAAGCGGAGUGGGUGGCAUUUUAUGAUACUGGUAAUGAGACCCUGAUCUUUACUUUCAUGUCAGCGUCUUUCACUGGGGAGACAAUCCUUCCCUUCUUCUGGGUGGGGAUUGGAGUCCUGCUCAGAGUCUGCCCCUGAGGCCUGGAGAUGGGGAGGUAGCAAUAUCCCACUGGGGUUCACUCUGGUUGUGGACCAGAAAUAGACUGAACUAGUUGUCCUGGGGACAGCUCAGAUGGUUUAAAACGCACUGCUGUGGUUCUAGAGAGGGGGACUGGGGAGACAGAGAAGAUGAGGGGUUGUAGGGAGCAUAGGCACUGACUAUGUGGGUGCCGCAGGGCUUGAGCACCCACAGGGAAAAAUUAGUGGGUGCUCUGCACCCACUGGAAGCCAAGCUCCCUUCACCCCCCACUCAACUCACCUUCUCCUCCUGCCCUGAGCACGCCGUGUUCUCACUCCUCUGCCUAC